GUAGGGAAUCCACAGAAAUGUCCUUGUCAUUGGAGGACGCUUCAGAAUCUUGCUGGGAAGAGAAAUCCGAUGGGCAGAGGGACACCACACCAGAGCUAUUAAUGGACCAUCCAGAUGGCCACUCGGCACCAGAAGACUCCCCGCCUCCUCCUUGCCCCGACUGCGGUCGUACAUUCCAAACCCUUCGCGCCCAUAACCUGCAUCGGCGCAACCACUCAGCCGAUCUCUCCUACACCUGCAAGGACUGCGACACAGCCCGUGCCAGAGCUACAGAAGGCAGCGGAAAGCCCUAUUCCUGCUCUCAUUGUGGACGGCGCUUCUGCUGGUUACUAGCACUUCACAGCCAUCACGAACAGCAACACACGGGGCAGCGAGGCUACCAAUGUUCACAGUGUGGCAAACAGCUGCCCAGCCAACCAGCAUUCCGAAGACACCAGCAAACUCACCGCAAGGACAGGACAUGUAUUUGGUGCAGCAAAGCUUUCAACUGCUCGGCAAAACUGUCACGCCAUAUGCGUAUACACACAGGGGAGCGACCCUAUCAGUGUCCAGAUUGCCCGCAAGCGUUUACACAGCUAGAGACCCUCCGUGUCCACCAGUGGACUCACGAGGAUCCCAAACCCUACCAGUGCAAGGACUGCGGGCGAAGGUUUCGGGCCCAAUGCACCUUCGAGAAGCACAGGAAGUUGCACAUUUCACGGAAGCCGCACACUUGCCCCGUGUGCGGCAAGACUUUUUUCUUCUCCUCCCGCUAUAAGCGCCACUUGCGUGUUCACACAGGCGAGAAACCCUUUCAAUGCCAGCAGUGCGGAAAGCGAUUUAACCAACGGUCUAAUUAUCAGCGGCACUGGGCUAUCCAUGUAGGUAAGAGGCCCUUUCCAUGUGACUUGUGCGAAAAGAGUUUCAGCCAGGCGUCAAAUUACAGGCGGCAUCUGAGAACUCACCGCGAGGAUAUGAGAACUCUCCGCAAGGAGACGGAUAGGUGGGAGGAAAAAGGGGAAUUUAAAUGUAUCGAUUGUGGGGUUUCCUUCCAGCAUGAAGGUGGGCUGCACGAACACUACAUACAACAUGCCAGAGGGGAGGUGUGACCCCUGCAGUGAAUCGUGGUUCUGCCUGCUUCCUG